AUGGACGAGAAGAAGGCGGAGGCCGUGAUGGUGACGCUGUACCCGGCGGACUACGAGACUGUGGAGAUGGUGACGGACCAGGGCAAAGAGAUCAUUCAGCAGGAGUUCACAGACGCGCAGCUGUUUGUGCACUCGAUCCAAGAGCUGGAACGCUUGCGAACGCAGAAAAAGACAACAAAGAAUGCGGAGGACAGUGCAGCUGAACAGGUUCAUACAGUGAAGACAGAGGACAGUGCGGAAGCGAUGGAAACGACUCCUUCCGAGACUGCUGAAGGGACGGAAAAAGAUGCUGCUGCUGACGAGGAGAAGGAGGAGGAGGAGGUGAUUGAUCCGAGGAUUCACUACCGUCCGAUGGUGGUGGAGCUCCAAGCGGCAGUUGCCGAGCUGCAUCAGCUGAUCAAUUCGAUCGACCUGAUCCGUCGUCACGAAUUUCUCGAGGAGAUGCGUUGUAUCCGAGAAAACACGGCGCCAAAAAGAGAGGAACUAGAGCAUCUGGUGGAGGCAAAACGUGCUCAGGUGAAAGAAAGUGGCACGAUAUUGCUCGACGGAGUAGAGGCAAUGGCCAAGACAGUCGAAAAAGAGAGUGUUUUUUUUCAGGGUGUUACGCAGAUGCUGCGCAAAUGGAAGAUCUGCGCACCUAUUCAUGGCAACAUACCGAAACCAUUUCGUGCGGGCGAACCGCUUGCGGUAGACUGCAGCUACGGCAGCGCGGGGUCGUUUUUCGUGCCACAGACUAGAUCCAUCGCCGAUCUCGCUUAUGCCGAGCUAAGUCGCACGGAGAAGGGACUCGUACGUGUCAAGACACCUGAAGAGUUCUUAGCCCGUACACUCCAGCUCACGCUCGAAGCAAAAGAUACCGAAAGAAAAGGGAGCUACAUUCUACCAUCGCCCUCCCUCGUUCACAUGACUAAAGCAGACAUGGACAAGCUGGAAGAUGUGCCCGAAGACCAAAAACUUUUGGACGAGCGCAAUGCUUCAGUUUUGAAGGCUGUGCAAUUCUCCGUAUUCUGCGAAGAGCUGUUUUAUACACUCAUGAGGGAAGCACUCGAGAACACAUCGAAGUGGACAGAUACGGCGUACAAUAUUAGCAACUAUGUUGUCAAGAAGCACAGAAGGGAAGGAAAGGCUGCCGCCAACACGCACAUUUCGGUUCUGCAAGUGCUAGAUGACGAGAUCGUCCUCCGCGUGAAUGAACGAUACCACCUGACGAUUAAACUUGUAGAUGUGAAGAGUUUGGCUCAGAGUACUAACACGGCAACAGAGAGAGAGGAGACAAAUGAAGCGUCACGAGCGAUUGACGAAGAACAGGAGAAGGAGAGCGGGCUUGUGAUGGAUGCACGAAUGAGCGAAGUCAAAACUGAAGAUACCGCAUUGAUGAGUAGCAGUCCCGCGAAACGACGACGUGCUGCAUCUUUUUCGUACUCGGCUUCUGCCGACAGCGUUGAAGUUUUCUUGACGCAGACAUGUCGAUAUACUCUCCUUCUCCUGCAGCAAGAAAUCCGAACUCGUCACGGCCGAAAAGAAAUAUCGCGAGCUUUGUUGUACAGAAGCUCAGACGUUUCGACAGUGUCCGGAGGCGGACUAAACUCCGGCAGCACUGGUGCAGGCAAUGCUGGCGGUAUGGGCGCCGCAAGCGAGAUGGUCAAGCACGAAAACACCCCUGGAACGCUGGCAACAGUCUUGGCUAUUUUGGCCCAUAACCUGCUGAAGAGUGAAGUGACGCAAUACUUGGACAAGGUGUCGUCGGUUCUUGCUUUCCAGAAACUGCAAACGUCAGCUUCGGGUCGCGUCUUGGAUGAUGGUUUGCUCCAGCCGAUCUGUGAUUCAGUGCGUGGUGUCUACGUGAGUCCACGUUGGAAAACGUGUGCGUUCGACUCGACACUAUCAGCGUUCGACUUGAACAUCGGUAAAAACUUUUCUACAGAGGUGCUCAUAUCUGGUGCCCGAAUCCUCGUUCAGACCGGAAUCGCGUCUCAACGUGAGGUGUCAGGUGUCGAAGGGCUGCGCGAGUUUGUCGAGGCAACCGUGUGCUCUCAGGUGGCGCUAGCACUUCACCGUGAUGCGGUGUCGUUCGGACUCAAACAGAGCUCAAUGAAUUUGGACUGCACGAGCGUCCGCCUCGUGGUCACGGGCGAGUGGGACGGCAGCUGUAUUGGCGAGGGUCGUGUGUCAGAUUCGCGUUCGGUGGGCUCAAUCUUUUUGGAGCCAUACUUUGCCGACGAUGGCAUCAUCGUCAUUGACUGCUUGCUACAAGCUGUUGAUGCGAGUAAACUGAUGCCUGUGCAAGCUGCACUUUGUCGCACUGCACACGGGGAGAUAGUACACAAGGUGGAGUGGAAGCGGAUACCUGGCAAGAGUGACGCGAUAAAGAUGCUCUGGCUCAUGCAAAAGACUGGCGUGCUGUCCGACAAAUUCAAUGCGUCCAUAAAGUCGGAGAUAAUGCCGCUAUCUAACGGCAGCUAA